AUGGAGCAAAAGGUUGUCAUAAUGAAGCUCAAGGUUGAUCUUCAUUGUAGAAAAUGUUGUAAGAAAGUCAAGAAGGUCCUUUGCAAAUACUCACAAAUUCGAGAUCAAUUAUAUGAUGAGAAGAAUGGAAUCGUAACUAUAAGAGUAGUGUGUUGUAGCCCUGAGAAAGUAAGAGACAAUAUUUGUUGUCAAGGGGGUGGUACAAUCAAGAGCAUAGAAAUUGUGCAACCACCAAAGCCCAAAGAGCAAGAGAAAAAGCCCGAGGCCGAGGUAAAGCCCAAAGCCCAACCAGGCCCACCUCUUGAUACUCAAAAACAGCCAAAACCAGCUCCAGCAGCGGCUCCGGCUCCUACCGCAGCUGCGCCAGCUGUAAUAUUUCCUCAGACGACGCCGAUGUCCAUUCUUUCAUAUCCUUCGCCGGUUGUUCCUUAUGGAUAUUUUUAUGGGCCUGGACAAGGUGGGCCUGCAGAAGUAUAUGGGAGGCCCAUAUAUGAUAGCUAUGGAUGGAGUGGGCCUUGUUACGCGGGCCAUCACCACCAUGAAUACAUGCACGAGGAAGAAGCGCCCGGGUGUACAAUAAGUUGA